GUUGCUGGGUCUUGUGAUUCUUCUUUCUGCCGUCUUUUCUUCUUCAAGAGUUCUCUUUGUUUUUUCUCAGACAUCAUCAGUUUGUACCAUGGCAAGCCAAUCGGACAAGAACCCUGGAUCCAUUCACGAUUUCACUGUCAAGGAUGCUAAAGAAAAUGAUGUAGAUCUUAGCACUUACAAGGGAAAGGUUCUGUUGAUAGUGAAUGUUGCUUCCAAAUGUGGGUUGACAAAGUCAAACUAUACAGAACUGACUAAGUUAUAUGAAAAGUACAGGGAUCAAGGUCUAGAGAUACUAGCAUUUCCAUGCAAUCAGUUCAGUGAGGAAGAGCCAGGCAGUAAUGAGGAGAUCUUGGAGUUUGUAUGUACUCGCUUCAAAGCUGAGUUUCCAAUUUUUGAUAAGAUCGAAGUGAAUGGUGAAAAUGCUGCUCCAAUCUACAAGUUCUUGAAGUCAAGCAAAGGGGGCAUCUUUGGCGACAACAUCGAAUGGAACUUUGCAAAGUUCCUGGUUAAUAAGGAUGGCCAUGUGGUUAACUUAUUUGCUCCAAGGACUUCUCCUUUUAGCAUUGAGGAGGAUAUAAGGAAUGCCUUGGGUAUCUCUUAGGUUCUGGGUUACAAAGGAUGUACAAUUCCUCGGUAAAACAAGAAGUGGAUCAAAUGAUGUUUAAAUAUUAAUGUUUCAGUCACCUCUGUGUUAUAUAAAGUUAUAGAAAGUAGAAUGUCAUGUACUUUACGUAGAGGCUGGAUUUUGAAUUGAAGUUAACCUUGGUAUGUUCUCAAACUCCU